AUGGUUGCCAAAGAGGAUUAUGACGACAUCCAGGGAGAUAUCUGGCCUGGUUUGUCGAAACAAUACGAAGCAUUUUACUUUUUCAGCAUCGAGGAUGUCGCACUAUUUAGACCCGUCUUGAAAAAGCUUGCAGAUAGUGAGAUUACUAGCGCCACGCAUGCCAUGGCCUCUCGUUACGCUAUCCAGAAGGUUAAGGCAGAACAAGCCAAAAAGAAAGGUGAAGAAACUAAGAGCAAAGGAGCUGGAGGGCUUUUCGGCUUGGUGGAGAGCGGGUUCGAUUUGGCAGGCGCCGUGGCGCACACCGCGGUAGACGUCACCGUUGGCGUGGCCAAGUUCCCAAUCGAAUUUUUUGAACAUCUUGUCCCGAAAGAUGCGAAGGACAUCCCGAGGGCGAAAGCAUCCCCAAGUCAUGUGGGCUUAGCUGGGGUUAACAUCUCUUUCACCUACGUAGGAAUGCAGAAGCUCUGGAGCGAAGAUCCCUUCGAUGACCUUUACAUCAAGGGUAUGCAACAGGACAUGAUGGGUGAAGGCAGAGAUCAGAAGGAAUACUGGUUUAAAGAAUUCUUGAAAGAUGAGGAGAACGGAAAACCUAGCAAGAUCGAUGGAAUGGUGCUGGUUUGUGGCACUAAAGAAGAGGUCCAGGAUAAAGUGAAGUACCUGGAAGAAAACUACUUUGGUGAAAAGCAGGGAUGUCGUCACAUCAGGACUUUGGACGGCCAAGAAAGGCCACAGCCAAACCGGGGUCAUGAACACUUUGGCUAUUUGGACGGCAUUUCGCAGCCACUCUUGAAGGGUUUCGACGAUGAAGAUCUUAAGUCAAAAGGAGCUCGCAAGUUUGCUACUCGUCCUGGUGUCAUCAUCUUUGGACACGACGGAGAGGAGGAAGGUAUGGAGUGGCCAGAUUGGGCCAGAAACGGAAGUAUCCAGGUGGUUCGCAGACUUAAACAGUUUGUGCCAGAAUGGAACAACUUCCUGGUAGAGCAGGCCCCGAAGUUCCACCUCACCGCGGACCAGCUCGGUGCUCGGGUAAUGGGUCGCUGGAAGAGCGGAGCACCUGUUCAGCUGCAUCCCGAUACGGACUGUCCAGCCGAUGCAAAGUUAAACGACUUCGACUAUGACGCAGACUGCCAGCUUAAGUGCCCAUUUGCAUCACACAUGCGCAAGACCAAGCCUCGAAUCGGCGUAGACAAUGCUGAUAAGUUCGACAUCAUGCGUCGCGGUCUCCCUUUUGGACCGGAGCACGAUCCCAAAACCGAGCCUACUAAGACCACACAAGACCGUGGUCUGAUGUUCGUUUGUUACCAAACCAGCCUUAACAAUGGCUUCUCUUUCAUUAAAAACAAGUGGUGUAACUUGGAUAACUUUCCAAGCAACAAGGAAAAGUUCACUGGCGGCAUUCUUCCGGGGCAGGAUCCCGUCAUUGCUCAAGAGCUUCCAUCUACCAAGCAAGCUGAUGACAGAAGUUUGACCUUCAGUCUCACCGAUGGCAAAGGCCAGCACAGCCAGAUGGUAUUCCCUUCUUUCGUUCAUUCGCAGGGCGGUGAUUACUUCUUUUCACCAUCUCUGUCGCUGCUUCGUACUCUGUCCACGGCUAAAUAG